UUCCCAGCCGCGCAGCCACGGAUUCCGUUGCCGUGGUGGUGAUCGUUGAGUGGCUGGGAUUAGAGCAGCUUAUCUCUAGCUGCAUUCGCCGCUCCUCUCUCGUCUCGGUUCAUUUGAGAAGCUAACCGUGAAGCAUUAAUUGCGUAGGGCCUUCGCUUCGAAGGCCCCGGCAACGCUGCGUCUACUCGUAUUUUUCUCCAAUUUAACUCGCUAAACGCGCCUCUUCGCGCCGCGAUAGGCGGGUCUCGGAUCGCGCUUGCAGCGGGAGGCAGUGAUCCGGUCGCUCUUAGCAUAAAGGAUGCCGGGACCUCAACUCGUGCAACGAAAAGCGCCUGAUCUCUCGGCGCAUCUGCAUUCUGAUCUCCGCCCAAGUUUCUCCCCAGGCUUCCCUUCUUCUCCGAGUUUUCAAGCCAAGGCGUGCCUCUGCCGGCGCUUCGUAGACUCAAUAGCGGACGCAGCGGCGGCGGCGGCGGCGGCGGUGGUGGCUCCAGUCGAUCUGCGCACGGCACAAUUGGCGAUCCCCGCCGAGAAUAAACUCUUUAAGGCGUCCGCGGAGAUUAACUCUCUCUCCACUUCCCCACCUUUUUUAUCCUUCUCAUCUGCUCCCGCUCCUGUCCCCGCUCCUGCCCCUGCCCCUGCCUCUGCCCCUGCCCCUGCCCCUGCCCCUGCCCCUGCUCAUCGUUCGGGCAAUUGCGUGGCGGCUGUCAGCAUGGCUCCGAUUUCGUCUUCCUUGGUUCCAAGACAGCUCCCGGGCUCCGCCGCCGCGGCGAGCUCGUUCUUCCGGCAAAAUGCAGCAGCGCCGGAUGGUCUACAUCUCGCAGACGGCGACCGAAAGUGCGGGAUCCGUCACCAAUUGGAGGCCUGCACGUGUGAUUCGGCCCCAGAUGGCACGCGGCAGGCGGAUCUGGCAGCGAGGACUAAGGUCGACACGUGCACGGCUGACAGGUGUAAAAUUGACGCGUGUGCGGCUGACGCGGCGGAGGAGACGGACAGGCGAGGAGCAGAUGAGCUUCGAGCGAGUGUUGGAGAACAAGGAGAGCAAGAAGAUUCUCUGCGAUCGCCGACAGCAAUGCAAGCGCGUAAUGUUAACGUCCAGACGAAAGAUGAUCCCUUUUUGGAUCGUCAUCAGCAGCGGCAGCAGCAGCAAGAGGAGCGUCGGCAGGAGGAGGUUCGGCGGGAGGAGGAUCGGCCGCAGGAGGGUCGGCGGGAGGAGGUUCGGCAUCAGGAGGGUCGGCAGAAGGAGGUUCGUCAGGAGGAGGUUCGGCUGCAGGAGGUUCGGCAGGAGGAAGUUCGACAGCAGCAGGAGGACCACCAUCACCAACAUCAAGAGCUGGAGGUUGAGAAGGAGAAGCAACUAACGAUUAAGUGCCGUGAGACCCCUUCAGAGGAGCUUCCACGCGAUGAGAUUAACGAGCCUGCACGCCGGGUGAGCGAUUGCGACGCGGUACAAGGAGGGCAACGGCAGCAGCAGACGGAGAAGCAGGAGGAGAAUGAGGAGCAGCAGGGAUGUGAGGGCGCGCAGGAGCAGAAGAACGAGCGGGGUGACACGGCGACGAUGCAAGACGACUCUGCGCGUGAGCCCAAGAAAGAUCAGCCGCAGCAUCAGCAUCAGCAACAGCAGCAGCAUCAUCAUCAGCAGCAGCCGCAGCAGCCAUGGCACGGCCAGCUACUCGAUGAAAGCGCGUCGGAUCAUCCUCUGCUCGACUCGAGGAUCGUCAGCAGAGCAAGCCUUUCCAACAUUACUAGGCGCGGAGCGGGAACGGAACCGGGCGCGCGUGCGCGAGCGGGUGCGGGGACGCGAGCGGGGGCGCGCGCGGGAGCGGGGGUGCGCGUGUGCGUGCGCGGGGGCCGCGCGCUCGUCGUGAACACGGAUCCCGACGCCACGGAUUCGUCGGACGACGAGCAACAUCUCGACUACAACGCGCUUUCUAGCACCUGGACUCACCGCUUCCUCUCCGCUUCUGCCGGCCGACGCACCGCCGUUACUAUUACCGGCGCUGCUACCGGCGCCGGCAGUCCGUACUAUGCUGGCGGAUACUCCCAAUUUGGAAUCCCGGCGGCGACGGCGGCGACGGUGGGUUCCUGGAAGCGGCGGCGAUCGCGGGCGGAUUGGCGGUCAGGUUCGGGAUUGACGGGUUCCGCGUCGACGGCGGAUGCAGCAGCCGCCGCGGCGACUAGGAGCGCUGCGGCGGGUGGCUAUGCAUCGUACGUCCCGGCGCCGCUGCCCAUGGGCGCAAUCGGCGCGAUGGGCGGAAUGUGCGGAAUGGGCGGAAUGGGCAGUAUGGGCGGAAUGGGCGGAAUGGGAGCAAUAGGCGCAACAGGCGACUCCAGCGCCGUCUACUACUAUCCCUACCGCGCGUGGCGACUGGGGGACGAGCUCUUUGCACCUCGCGAAGGCCUUUUUCCGCCCGUCCGCCCGCCCCCUCCCGCGCAUGCAGCAGCGCCGAUGCAGCCGUUGUCGUCCGCCCCCCCGCCUCCUCCUGGCGUGUCGCCAUCGGCCGACGGUGUGGUACUCGCAGGGCAGGGGCAGGCGUACUACUGCCACUCGGCGCCCAGUGAGGCGCAUCGGCAGCAGGUUCCGCAGCACCAUCAGCAGCAGCAACAGCAGCAUCCUCAGCAUUAUCAGCCACAGCAGCAGCAGCCGCAGCAACAGCAGCAGCAACAGCAGCAGCAACAGCAGCAGGCGGGUACGACUUCCGGUCCUGGCGCGUACGGUCCCUUGGAGGGCGGCGGCGCUGAGCUGAGCAAGGCAGCCUCUGGCGGGGCGAGGGAAAACCAGAGACCCGCGCUGCUUUCUCCCGCUGCUCCCCCCGCUGAUGCUCGCGCUGAUGCUCGUGCUGAGUCUGCUGCUGCUACCCCUGCUGCCGCUGCUGCUGCUGCUGCUGCUGCUGCUGCUGCUGCCGCUGCUGCUGCUGCUGUUACCUCUCCUGCCACGGCUGCAGCUGCCCGUUCUUCCGCUACCUUCCCUCCCGCGCAGCCUGCUGCUGCGCGCCCUUCCCGCUCUCCGCCAGCCCGCAGCGCCGACGGCGCGCUCUCUUCACCGCACGUGGCGGAUCUGCCCGCCGCCUUCCCCUACUACUACCCCUACCCCCCUUUUCCCAGCGCAUCUGCGCCGCCUCCGCCUUCGGGGCCCUGCGGAGUGGUGGGGUGCUACGACUGGGCGUGCCGGCGCUGGCAGGGGGGGAGCAUGGGUGCUCCGCUCCCCCUUCCGCCUCCUCCGCCUCCGCCCUUGCCCGCCUGCUGCUACCCCGUCAGUAGGGGCAGCGGCAGCGUGGCUGUUGAUGGACUAGCGAACGGGCGGGUUUCUCAGCCGCAGUGGGCGCAGCAGCACGGGGCGCAGCAUCAAUUUCUUGCAGGACCGAUGGCGCCACCGCAACAGCCAGUGCCGCAGUGGGGGGGACUCGCGUCGGACAUGGAGUGGUGCGUGGAGGAGCAGCAGGGGAGGAACAACGUGGUGCAUCUUGGGGGGUCGGGAGGGGAUGACGUGGCGCCUCUGCCAAAUCGCCUGGCUGCCGCAGCGGCGGCGGCAGCAGCAGCAGCAGCAACUGCAGGGUGCAAGCGCGGCAAGGAGGAGUGCUCGAGUGCGGGGCUGUGGAGGACCAACAAGAAGCCCUGCAUUGACCCGUUCCCUGCUGCAGCUGCUGCCUCUGCUGCGCCUGCUGUGUCUGCGGCUCCUGCUGCUGCCGCCACCGUCGCUGCUGCUGCUCUGCGUGCAUCAGGGCAGGAAGUGGCCGUUUCAGGAGUCACAGCAGCGCCGGCAGCCAUGGCCUCUGGUUCAGGAGGAGAUGUAGACGAACUGGCUCCAAAGCCGUUGGUGCAAUCGCCGGCAGUAGCAGCAGUGGCAGCAGUGCCCCGGGCACCACUAGCGGCUCCAACAGUUGCUCUCUCGUCCGCACCACCACUGCCUGCAGCUAUGCGUGUCGUCUCACCACCGGCUGAAGCAGCAGCAGCAGCAGCAGCAGCGGACGCAGGUAGGGCCGUGGCAGAGACGACUGUAACGACAAGCGGUUACCGCGGCGUGCGGCAGCGGCCGUGGGGGAAGUGGGCGGCUGAGAUCCGGGAUCACACGCGCGGAGUGCGAGUGUGGCUGGGCACGUAUGACACUGCUGAGAUGGCUGCGCGCGCGUACGAUGCUGCUGCGCGUGCCAUUCGCGGGCCCGAUGCCAAGACCAAUUUCCCACUGGUUGGAGGAGAGGGCGUGAGUGUGGAGGAUGGCAGCAGCAGCAGUGGCGUGUGCAGUGGUGGAGGCGGUGAUGCUGCUGGUGCUGUUGGUGCUGGCGCCUCGGCUGCAGAUGUGUCGCUUGCUGCCGUUCCUGCCACUCGUUUUAUGCCCCACUCCAUUCUAGGAGAAGCAGCAGCAGCAGCAGCUAUUCCUGCGACUCAACCUGAUGCUGCUACUGUUGCCGCUGCUGCUGCGGCGGCUGCUGCGGCUGCUGCUGCAGUUCCUUCAACAGCCUCUCGUUCUAUCCCCGGCACGUGUGCGAGAACUCGCCUCUUCAUGUGGCGCUGCUCACCCGCAUCCAUCACAAGGCAGGCAAAGGCAGGCGCAGGCGCUGUGGCAGGCGAGCGAGAAGCCACGGUUCCAACUCGCAGAUGGGUGGUGGGAGACAACUCCGCUGUUCCAGCUGCAUCAACAGCUGCUGCUGCUGCUGCUGCUGCUGCAGGCGCCAUGCCACCACCAGCUCGGAAGGCGCUGGUCACAGCAGCAGCGGCCAAUGCAGCCACUGCGGUUGCAGCAGGCGCAGUGAGCUGUAAGCAGAAGGCGGCAGGGAGUGCUGGCGGUGCUGCUGGUGAUGCUGGUGCCGCUGCAGAGGCGGAGAGAGGUGGAGAGGAGGCGGCAGCGAGCAAGGGUCAGGGCCGUGGGUGCGGGUCGUUUGAGAGUGUGGCAGCGUCAGGCCUCUCGGAUGAUCCCAUGCUCGUGCUCCCAUCGCCACGUGCUGCUGCUACUGCUGCUGUGGCGGCGGCGGCUAGAGUGCCGUAUGCUGCGAAUGCUGGAGCAGCCGGUGCAGCUGUGGCGGCAGCAGUGAUGGGGGAAGUCGAUCUAGCGUUGAGGUCGGAUGAGGAAGACCUUGUGCUGACAGGAGAGGUUGCUGCUGUGUGGCAACACAGUGUCUUUGACCUGGUUGCUCAUGACAACGCGGCGUAUGCAGGGAAGGGCGCAUUUCGGAAUGGAGGUGGUGAGGUGGGAGGAGGAGUUGGAGGAGGAAGGGUGGAUUGUGAGUGGGGGAUAGCGGCAGCACGAGAAGUGGACGGUGCUGCUGGGCCUCCUGCUGGUGCUGCUGCUGGUUCUGCUGCUGCUGCGGGUGCUGGUGCUGGUGUGGGUGUGGGUGUGCCUGCUGCAUGUGUGAAGGAUCUGGACGAUAUUUCGUGUGAGCUCUUUGGGGGUGACGAUGAUGAUGGGGGACUGCUACUGGAAGGCGACCUUUGCUUGGAUGCUUUUGACAUGGACGAUCUCAGCCAGAACGGCGAAGAGGGGGAGAGGGAGGAGGAUAGUGGAGGGAAGGAGGGCGAGGAGGGGGUGGAGCUCCAGGGAAGUGGAGCGAAGGCGGAGGAGGAUUUUUCACUGGAGGAUGGUUUGGUUGCUGACUUUGACCUAACACUGGAAGGAAUUGGAGGGAGCAGAAGGGAGGGACGAGGAGGAGGAGAAGGAAUGCUGUUUCCUGCAGGAUGCUGCUGCUGCGCUGGGGCUGGACAUGAUGGGGGGGGGGAGGAUGUGGAGGAGGAGGUGCUGGUGGGCGGGGAGCUGGAGUUGUUGGAGGGGCUGGAGCUGGACUGUGAGAGCAUGUCGUUCAACUUCAUGGCGGAGAUCGACAGCGUGCUGCUGCUCGAGGAUGUGUGCGCGCUGGAGGAGUCUGUUGGCGUAGGGGCUGCUGCUGCUGCUGCUUCUGGCGCUGCUGGUGCUGCCGGCACUACUGCUGGUGCCGGUGCGUGUGCCGGUGUUGGAGGUGUUGCAGAAGUUGCUGAGCAGAGUAAGAAGACUGAAGGGCAGUUCAGGGCGAGUGAGGGGAACGGACACAGCAGUGGUGGUGGUUACCACCGCAGCAGGUUGGACACGAGCAGGAAGGCCAAGGGAAGCAGUGUGCUGGGGAGGAAGAAGAGCAAGACUAAAAGGCACAGGAAGCCGGUUAGUGCAGGUGCUGGCUCAUUGAAGGGAAAGAGAACGGGCGGCGUUGCCGCUCACAGAAGCGGCCACAAUAGCCGUGCCUCCUCCUGGUCUGGGAAUGGUAGUCAUAGUGCUGGGCGGUGCAAGGAACCUGGUUCUGCUGCUGCUGCUGCUUUAAAGCAGAGUGUGGAGUCGGAGGGUUGGGAUAGUGGUUCUUGCUCUGGUGCGGCUGCUGCAGCUGCCGCUGCUGCAGCUGCUGCCACCAGUGAUAUGUUUGAUUGGAGUGGGCCGAUGUGCCAGGGCGGCGAAGGUAUGGUGGAGAUUUCGUUUGGGCUGGACUGACUGACUGUCGUUGGAAUGUGGGACUGUCAAGGACUGCCGUGGUUCAUGCCACUGAGCAUGGUGAUGAGCAUGGCUAACCUUUUUGGAGAGGAGGCAAGUGUGUCUAGAAUCUUUUUUUUUUUUUUUUUUUUUUUUUUUUUUUGGUAUCAUUCUGUUUUCAAGCCCACAUGGAGCCCAUGUGGGCUUGUAGGCAUUCCCGACGGGUAUGUUGUCCUUGUUUAGCCUUGAGGGCCUACGUAGAUUUUCUUGUUUGCAUAUUUGUUUGGUUUGUAGUUUUUUUUUGCUAGUUAAAACCACAGGCUAAAAUAGCACUGGGGGGGCUUCAAGAGCGCCGUUCUUGAAAAUAGUUCUUCUGAAAAAAAACGGGUUCCCAGUAC